GCGGCAGGCUCCCGCGCUCCGCCAAUCACAGGCGCUGCUCGGGGCUGGGCUGCAGCGACCCUGUGGCUGGCUCUCCGGGCAGCCGGUGAGCGCCCCACCGCCGCGACAUGGGCACGGUGCCGUCAGCGCUGAAGCACUGCCUCAGCUACCAGCACCUCCUCAAGGAGCAGCUGUGGAUCGGGGAGCCGGCCGCGCCGCCGCCUGCGGCUCCUUACCCCGGGCAGGAAUCUCAAGUAUCUGGACUGCCUGAGUACAUAAAGAUUGUAGAAGUUGGGCCAAGGGAUGGAUUACAAAAUGAAAAGGUGAUAGUCCCAACUGAUAUCAAAAUUGAGUUAAUCAACUGGCUUUCCAAAACAGGCCUGCCUGCAAUAGAAGUGACCAGUUUUGUUUCAUCCAAAUGGGUGCCUCAGAUGGCAGAUCAUAAAGAAGUAAUGAGGGGCAUUGAGCGGUAUCCUGGAGUCCAGUAUCCUGUCCUUACGCCUAAUCUUCAAGGUUUUCAUGCUGCUAUUGCAGCAGGGGCCACAGAAGUCUCAGUAUUUGGUGCAGCAUCUGAAUCAUUUAGCAAAAUGAAUAUUAAUUGUUCAAUUGAAGAAAGCAUAGAAAAAUUUGAAGAUGUUGCUAAAUCUGCAAGGAAUAUGAAUAUUCCAGUGCGUGGGUAUGUGUCAUGCGCAUUGGGAUGCCCAUAUGAAGGAAACAUCAUACCAGCUAAAGUGGCAGAAGUAUCUAAGCGGCUGUACAGCAUGGGAUGUUAUGAAAUCUCCCUGGGGGACACAAUUGGUGUGGGGACUCCUGGAAGUAUGAAAAGAAUGCUGGAAGCUGUUAUGAAAGAAAUUCCUUUGCGUGCUCUUGCUGUUCACUGUCAUGACACAUAUGGCCAGGCAUUAGCCAAUAUCCUCACAGCCAUACAGAUGGGAGUUGCUGUAGUGGAUUCAUCUGUUGCAGGACUGGGUGGUUGUCCCUAUGCAAAAGGUGCUACUGGAAAUGUAGCCACAGAGGAUGUGAUAUACAUGCUUAAUGGUCUGGGGAUCAACACAGGAGUAAAUCUUUAUACAGUGAUGGAAGCUGGAAACUUCAUCUGCACAGCUUUGAACAAGAAAACAAAUUCAAAGGUUGCACAAGCUUCCUUCAAUACUGGAACUGUCAAUUAAAUUAAUGUUUUUUGCAGCUUAAUUACAUUUUUCAUCUACAUCGACCAAGGACAUUUAUAUCAAGAAAACAAAUCUAAGAAAAUAAUUUCGGCAAAGAACCAAAAUAGAACCCAUAUAUAACUUUUUAUUAUGGGAAGAGUUAUUGCACUGUACUGUCUUGUCAAGAAUUGUCUGAUUUGUAAGUAAGAAAUAAAAGACUAGUACAGAACCUUGUGCUUGGAACUUCUACAGAUGAGAAAAAUUUAUAAACACCAGGAUAUUUAAUCGUGUUUUAAAUUGAAUUUUAGUUCUUUUCAGGAAAACUGGGUAAAAGCAGUGAAUACAUAGUUACUUUUUAAUCAAGAUGACUUUAGAACAGUACAAAUAUUUGCAGUAGUUUAUGAGAUCCCACACUGCGUGUGGCCAUUCUGUUAUGUGUUUUAUUUAUCUGAAUCUUUACUUUUCAUUUGUCAAGUCAGUUGUGUUAUGAACAUGGAGCCAAAUCUGAAUUCACCAUAAGAAUAUUUAGCAAUAGCACUUUUUUAUUUUUGUUUUGUUUAACAUCUGUUAAGUUAUGGAUGACUUUAUCUUGUUCCAAGACUUUGUGGUGAAUGGCAAUCUGCCAGAUCCUACAAAUCUAAUGCAAAUUUCCUUAUUUGUUACAUAUGUUAAAUUUGUUGUAUUUGCUUUUUUUCGUUUUCGUUAACUGUAUUAAAACUUAUAGGAAGCAAUUAAAAAUUGGCAGAAUUUUCAACCAUCAUUCAGGGUAAUAGAAGUGUAGAAGGGGCUGAAUUUUUGUCCAAGAUCUCAUCAAACAAUUUCAUUUUUUUAUUCUAUAGUCUAUGAAUUGACAUUCUCACUUAAAAGUCAUGAGUUUUUGAGGUUAAUAAUAUUCUGGUGGACUAGCUUACACGAAGGAAACCACUUAUAAUUUUUCUCAGUGCUUUACUGAUAGUGAUGCUGUUCUUUUAAAUGUCUUAGUUCAGCAAGAUGCCAGUGAACUCAUUGUCAUUUUUAGAUCAGUAAUGGACAAAUUCAAAGAGCCUUAUCCUAUCUAUAAACUGUUCAAAAGUGCCAUGAAAAUAUUGUCAUUUUUUCAGCCUGAAACGUUGGUACUGUUAUUGGUUGACUGUGUAGGAUCCUUCUGUAUUUAACCUUGAUCUAUAUUUUUUUCUGAAUGUAGCCUGUUAAUAUGAAAACCUAAAAUACUGGACUAUGAUCUUUUUCCAUAUUCUCCAUUUUCCUCCAAAAUAUGAAAAUCUGGGAAAAGAUAAGACAAAAGAAAGUGAAAGAUAACAUAAAGAAGGAAAAGACUGAAUCAUUUUUGUCUGGAACUCAACUCUGCCAAGUUACAGCUGAGUCUCGGUUUGCCUUUGAAGUACUCAAGUGAACUUUUUCUGAGGUCUUUUAGGCAGUAUUGUAGUUUAGAAUUCGCACAGUUCAAGGAAGUCAAACUUUACAUGCCAAAUAACUCAAAGCUAUAAAUUUGAUAUAAAACCUCUAUCCUGUUUAUGCCAAAAUGAUAGUCAAAACUAAUAGAAACUACAUUGUAUCACUCUUCUCAUGGUAAAAGUCAAAGAAAAGCAAAGAAAUUGUUCAGGUGAGGCAGGAAAUAUCCUGCCUAUUAAUCCAAAAUACUAAAUGGUACACUUUCCUCCGGUAUCUAGUAACGGGACUUUUCAGUACUCUUGAAGAUAUGAGCACCAUUACUGGCUUGACCUACACUGGUUGCACAUAGUUGGAUCACCACAGAAAAUGCUCUGUCCUCACUUUCCCAUGAUUCAGCUGGGGCUUUGUUAUUUAGCAGCCACUGUGGCUCAUAUAUCAAACCACAAACUUUAAUAAAACCAGGUCCUGAACCAUUCACAGAUUUAAAAACUCUAUAAUGGAUUAGAUCAAAUGAAGAAGUGAGGAAUCUGCAGCAGUAUUUUGGCUGUUCUUGGUCUAAUAAAUAGUAGUCAAGCCUAAAUGAGGUGCCAGAAUUGAAAUUCUAAAGACUCUAAUUCAGGUUCCAUUUACUCCUGAAGGUGACUAACCACACUGUAAUACUUUCUUGUUUAACAAUAGAAUUUCCUCAUUAGUUUGCUUCUGUGCAGGCACAGAAUUAGCUCAUUUUGAGCUGAAGGAUGCAGUUCUUAUGUAAGGCCUGAUGAAUUUGCUUCUACCCAAGAUCCUGUGAGCAUGUUUAACUGAUAUAAGCAAGACUGAGCCUUUCAAAGAAUGGAAGUGAAGUCACCCCUUGGGAAAAAAGAAAAAAAGAAAGAAAGUAAUUGUGAUACAAACCACCUUUUAAAUAUUAGCCUGAAUGUCAGACUAAACAAUUGAUCUGAGAUUAGCUUGCUACUCAGCCUGGGGAGAUUGAGAUGCACGUUUUCUGGCAUCCUAAUCAACCACCCAGGUACAUGCAGAAGCGAGAAAGAACAGACUUUAUAGUAAAUCUGGUUGAAGUUGUGCCACUGGGCAGGAUGGAAUUAAAAAUUUUUGAGACCAGAAAGAUCACAAGAAAAAGGUGUCUCUGCAACAAGUAAGAGUUGUUCCUUGCAAAUGGCGGUGAGGGCUUCAGCUGUAGGCCAAGUUAGGAACUGAACUGGUACUGUCCAGUUUUUCAGUAAGUAUACUAACUACAACAUCUUAGAUAAAAGUGAGUAGUUUCACUACUACCAUGAUUUUUGUGUUAAAGAAAAUACCUAUGUAGAACAUAUAGAAUAUAGAAUAAAAGAGCUAGCUCUGCUCAGUUCUUUGGGAGUUUUAGACAUCUAUGUUCCUAGUCACCAUGCAGUACUAUUAACUUUGGCACUAGGAGGCCCUUACACUGUGGAGGGGUUUUCAGAUAUGCCUCUGUGUAUAGUGCAGAUGCUUUUCAGCAUCUGGGCUGUCCAGUUUGCAAUUCUAAGGCUCUUAACUCUCCCUGUGCACUGAAACAGGGUACCUAUUAAAUCACAGGGAUGGACAACCUAAAAUGCUUUGGUUCUUUAUUGGGUCUGUUUUAGAAACUACUUGAGAGUUUGUGGAGAGCCUUAAAUGCAGGUCUGUUACUUUGUAAUGAUGUGAGCACUGGAAAAGAUGAGCAGUCACAUCUGGAGCCUGUUCUUUACCCGCACUUUCAGCUUUGACCACAUAGUGAUUUAUAGUAAUCCAGGGUAGAGGUCACAGACAAAUAGAUUGUUUGUCAGGAUCCUUACAAGGGAGGAAGAAACAUAGAGCCAGAUAAAAAAUAAAAAAACCCCCCAUUUAUGUGCCAAAAGUGCCACCUGGGAUGAAUUUAGGUCUGUGGGUCCAGGUGAGCAAUCCCCAUAAAAAUCCUUCUUUACUUGUAGUGUGACUGAGAAUCCUGAAACAUCUCAAGUUCGUGCUACUCAAACUUGUUAGACACACAAAGUGCUGCUACACUGCUUUCCUGGGCUGGCAUCAUUUUGACUGUGUGCAGCAUUUAAAUGCUGAUCUUUGGCUUUACGAAAUAAGCAUAUAUUGCCUAUAAGAACAAGAGCUAAUCCAGUAGAUGCCAUGAGCAUCAUUCACAUGGGCAGCAUUGAAUUCAGCACAUAAUAAAGCAGUUGAGAAUACAUCCCUUCAAAAAUAUGCCAAGUCAUGGGAUGGUGCUGCUUCUCUCCAGUGCUUCUGACUUUCUAAACCUUUAUGCUUAUAUUCAGUGACCCAUCACUAGUGGUUCCUGCUCUUUUAGCCCCUAUCAGUGUCCCUCACUGAGUACAUUGCUGUCCCUUCACGCUGAAUUAACCCUCUGGCUGCAGAAGGCUUGCAUCCAGGUGUUUGGCUUCCAUGAGCAGAUGUUCUUAUUACUAUGUCAUUAUAAAAAUUAUAUGUGUAUAUAUUUGUUGAAAGGUAUGAAGAAAAAGCAACAGAGUGCUGAAUAUCAUGAUCACAUUGUUGGGAUGUGAGGACAUACUGUCUCCCUGUCUGUUUUGCUGAUGGACCUCUGUAAAUGCUGAAAAGGAGGUAGCAUAAACUCAGCAUGCAGGAGAGAAGUAGUUACUGACUGGCCUGCCAACUCUUAUUGGACACAAAUUAGGUAUACCAAGAUAUUUACUUCUUUGUAGCUCACUGUACCAGUCACUGCAGAGAUCUCACACAACACUGAGAUCAUCUUACUUGUGCCAAGGCCAUGAAGUAUGUAAACUGAAGUUCGCAGCACGGUCUUUGGCCUGUGCCCUGUUCUGAACCUGUGACGAAUGUCAUGUUGCUGGAAAUUUCUCUAAUACUUUCACAGUAGUUUUGCUUUUCCCCAUGUAGUUUGGCAAUAGCUAGAAAGUAAAAUACUGGCUUCCUUGGCAGGUCAAGACAUUAUGUUGUUCUGAAGAUGUGACUGGUGUGAUUUUUUGGAGAAGUUAAUCAGUUCCAUUAGUAAUGGGCAUAAGUGUUCUUCAGUGCCUUUCACAAGACAGCAGUGACAUGGAACCCAUACAUGGAUAGUGCUAAUAUAUUCCAGCAGCAGCUUGCGUUGUAGUUUAAACUUUUAUGUAUUUAGGCAACUUGGCUCUGAACCAGCACUUUAAUGUUUCAUUUUCAUGUAUAAACAGAGUUUAUGGAAAUAAGAAGUGAAUAUUCUGGUCUUGAAAAUAAAUCCAGAGAGGCUUUGGCUAAUUUUCCUUUCUUAAUAGCAUCAUUUGAGUUCAUAAAACUUUUAUUAUUGUAAUAAGGAUUCAAGAAAUGAAGACUGCAAGUCUGUGAGGUAAAAUUCCUGUGUUUUGGAUCAGUGCUGUUGAAAUGAAAUACUAUUUGUUCACUGAGUUAUUUUUAAGGAGUAAAAAUAUUGUUCAGUUAUUGUGAUACCUGAAAAUGAGUAUUCUCUGCCACUGUUCUUUUUUUUUCCACUGUGAUUUCACGGACUGCCUUAAGUUCUCUUUAUAGACUGUGAAAUGUCUAGACAACUGACUGAAUGGAAGAGUCAAUCUGGAGAAGUGAAUGAAAAACACCUUCCAGUUCUUGGCUUACUGAUCAAUGCUUUUCUUUUGUUAUGUUAUAUUUUUGAAGAUUUUUUUAUUUCUCUAUGGUCCUGCUCUAAUGCAGUGUUGGUCUUCAUUGCUGCAAUAACACUGCAGGCAGAAGGACUACAGCCAAAGUCAACUUAGUCUUUUGAAACCUGUGUCAGAGAGAUUAUAUGUUUGUUAAGGAAUUAUCUGGUACCCUCUUGGUUAAAUGCAUUUGUGAUUUUGCAAUAUGCGGUGUUAAAGCUGAAAUAAAAUAUAUCUCAGUGU